UGAUAGUGUAGGCAUCCAUAAAUACCCACAAGUAAUAAGCCUCCUUCCAGCAUCAUUCACCUUGAAUCAUUUCAAGUUUAUAUCUCUUUGAUAGUUAAAUUUAUACUCAAAAACUUUUCAGUGAUCAUUUAAUGGGCAAAUUAGCUUUCUUAGUUGGUUGUUGCUACCUGAAUACUGAGGAUGCGCUAAAAGGCUGCUAUAAUGAUGUGGACGCAAUGCAAGAUCUGCUGAUAAAUAGGUUUGGUUUUCAUCGCAAUGAUGUGAUAGUUCUCACUGAUAUGCCUAACUCCCCUUUGAAGCCCACAGGUGCUGUUAUAAAGUAUCACCUUUGUCGGAUGAUUCAGCGGGCAAUGGCCGGUGAUGUUGUACUGUUCUAUUUUAGCGGCCACGGAACUUUUCAGGAUAUCUGGGAAGGCCCCUACUGCAAACAAUUGUCCCCUCUGAUUUCAAUCUCAUAUACAGUGACGACUUUCGAUAUAUGGUAAAUAACAUGCCACAAGGUGCUGAUUUCGUUAUGAUAGCGGACUCCUGCAACAGUGGGGGGCUAAUAGAUCAGUCAAAGGAACAAGUUGGACCUGGCUUUCGUCCAGAUGUUUGCUAUCCCACAAGGCCCUGCAACGAGGUCUGGGGCAAAGCCAAAAUGAUCCCCAUGACAUCAAUUGUGCAGCAUUUGAGACCUUUGAGUCACAUAAACAGCUCAGACAUCCGCACACUCUUGACAAACAUUUAUGGAACUAAUGCCAGCAUCAUGUUCCAAGGGCCACUUAAUCCUCAACUGUUGAAUUCAUUCAUGGUUGAUGGUGGCAUUCUUAUCAGUGCCUGCCAGUCCAAUGAAGCCUCGAUCGAUGAUCAGAAAGAUAUUCGUCCUCAUGGUGUGUUUACUGAUGCACUUUAUUACUCGUUGAGGUAUCAACCUGGUCCCAUUACUUAUAAGUCGCUCGUGGAGAUUAUUAGAGCUCAAUUAACAUCGCAGCGUCCAUGUCUCUAUUGCUCUGACCAGCAUGCCAGUGCACCUUUCCUCCGGCAUAUUCCAAAUGUUUUUUCACGCUUGUUAAUGUAGCUGUGUUGUACUAACCUGGUGGCAUCAGUGAUAAGUUGCUCGUGGAGAAUAUUAGAGCCAAACUAUUAUCACAGUUCCACUUCUUCCUUGUUUUGUUUUAUAAUCCGGCAAGAAAUUUUUGUUGUUUUGGAAGUAA